AUGGCCGAGCUCUUCUCGAGCAUUGCCAAUGCGGCCAAGUCGAUCACCCAGAACACCGAUAUUCGGCAGUUCACCGAUAAAAUCCAAGGGAUGGUGAUGAAUUUGACUCCGGUUGAGCAGUGUGUUUGGGAUGCGACGAAUGAGGAACCUUGGGGACCGACUGGACCACAAAUGAAAGAAGUCUGCAAUUACACAUAUCAAUACGAUCAAUUCUUUGGUGUAAUGAACAUGCUUUACAAGAGAAUGCUCGAGGAUAACAAAAACGCUUGGCGACGGGUUUACAAGAGUUUGGUUUUAUUGAACUAUUUGAUUCAACACGGUUCUGAACGGGUGAUCUCAAGUGCAAAGGAUAAUCUCUUCCACAUUCGAGCCUUAGAAAGCUUUAAGUACACAGAUGAGAAGGGAAAAGAUCAAGGGAUAAAUAUCCGACAUCGCGCGAAAAUCGUGAUCGAUUUGCUUCAAGAUGACGACAAAUUGAGAGCCGAGCGAAAGAAGGCGAAAGGAGAUUCGAAAGAGAAAUAUCAGGGCUACACCCCGGAUGACAUUCGAAUGGGUCGAGGAGGGCAACAUAGUGCCAACAGUGACAAGUGGGACGAUGACUUCAAAAAGUACGACAAACGAAAGUACUCGUGGGAGAAAAGCGGCGAUGAUAAAAGG